AUGGUAUCAUCAAAAGAACGAGAAUCGAAAAAACUUGCAGCCGAGACAACUCUUCGAGUUAUACUUGCAUUUGUUAUGACAAGCAUAAUUAUCUUUUUGGCAGUUCCGAACAUAAGAAAAAUAGUCCAUCAUCAAGACCCAUUAAUCACGAUAAAUAUUGUGAAUAUGACCACCGAAGGAAUUCCAAUGCCAAAUUUUUUUGUAUGUGGAGAGCUCAUUGAUCACAUUACUGUAGAGAAAAUCCCGUUAGGUAAAAGAGCGGUAAUGGUUGAGGAUUAUCUAUGGCAAGCAGAUGAGACUAUACUUAAAGCUGGUGGUGAUUUGACGGAGAACAAGAAAGACCCAUGUUUUAUUUUUCAGCCUGAUGGAAUGCUUAAAUUCAGAUUGACAAAUGAUUCAGAAUCCAUUGAUUAUAUUUCGAUCAAUGCGAUUACCCAACAUAAUAUUUCUAGUGAACCUUCGCAGAUUGGGGCAGUAUUUGGAUUUUGGAAUGCUGAACGUGACAUUAGUGUCAUAAAACCGUUCGUCGCUCGUACUGCAACCAUUAAUCAUUUUACGUUUACAUCGACAAUUCGAACUGGAUUGAAUAAAGAAAUACAUCAAGAUUUCACAAUUAAUAAACAAAAUUCACUUCAAAUAGAGAAGUUUGAACUUGAAACAAUUGCUGUAAAGAUUAAUUAUUCUCCAGAUACGUAUAUGGUAACUAAAUAUAUAGAAACACAACCAUAUACAUGGUUAGACUUAGUUGGUACUAUCGGGGGUCUUCUUACAUACGCAAUAGCAGUUUGGAUAUUUUUAUUUGGACGAGGAAAAUAUAGAUCUUGGGGUUUUAUUCAACGUUUUCUAUUACGAAAUUCUCCAAAUGCAGCAAAACUUCCGUUAAUGGAAAAAGAAGAAUUCAAUGAAGCAUUUAGCGAGCCAAGUCUAUCACCACCUCCGACUCGCCCAGAUUCCGAAUACUAUUUUAAUACCACAGGCACGCCAACUCGAUCCCAUUUCCGCACUGAUACUCCAGUAGCAGUAGAUAUCGAUAUGUCUUCUACAGGAAUGAAUGACACUGAAAUACUACGAAAAAUAGAUUCUCGAAUUAACGAAAAACUUUGGUUUUUAGAGCAAACGUUAAGUCGUCAUUAUUUGGCAGGAUUCCGAUUAAGAAAAUAUUAUGAUGAUAUGAUUAAUAAUAAUCAAUCGACCUCGCCAUCAAAUCCAAAUAAUGUUACGUAUUUUCAACAUGAAGAAACUGGUCAUGUUCCUGCUAGGUCAUUAAAUAAUCCAGAUUAUUAUUCACAACAUAUUAUACUUAGUGAAGUUCCACAAGCGAAAAAAAGAUCGAAUAGAGAUAUUGAUGUAAUCGCAAGUGGCAGCAACAGCCCCG